GUGAACAUGGCUGUAUUCACCAUCAAGAACCUUUCCAUAUGGUCGUCAGCAGAUGGAAUGCAUCGUAUGGCUUUCUUAUCUUCUUACGUAUCAUAAUUUCUCUCAGUCCAUCUUACAUUCACCCUGACGAAUGGUUUCAAUCUGGAGAACCGGUGAUAGGACACCUAUUGCAGGUAAACACUCUGAAGACAUGGGAAUUUCAACCUUCUUUUCCGUGCAGGUCAAUGGCAAGCAUAUAUUUGUUCAAUCUUCCUCUUGUUUUGGCGACAAAGUUACAGCUCCUUGAUCGAUCUUCUGCUGGUCAUACAUUCUUUGCGGUGCAGCGCUUCACGUUUCUCUUCUUGUCCUUCGUGCCAGAUCUAUGUAUCGCAAAGUAUAUCGGUCCAAGUCUGCGAAAGCGUCAAAAGCAAGCUGGUCUGCUGAUCUAUGCUGGCUCAGGUGCUGUUCUGGGCUUUAGUUGCCGACCUUUUUCGAACAAUGUAGAGUCGACCGUUCUAUUUCUCUGCAUCAGUCUUGUUUGGCAACUGACUUUAUUAUGCCAAGAUGCUCCUCACAAGACCAAAAGUUCGGAUAUUGCCUCCUCCGACACGUCAAACUGGCUUAUGAUAUCAGCAGCACUUGGUAUUCUGGGGGCCGUAGGGUUCUUCUCUCGAUUCACGUUUGCAAUCUUUGCAUUUCCAGUCGUUCUACAAUUUCUGCGGGUUACACAGAAGAAAGCGGCAUUACACACAAACCCUUUCUUGCAAUGGUUUCGGCUGCUUCUUCCGGGUAUCCUGGGCUUCAUCAUAACAAGUGCAGUUCAUGUCUUCUUUGAUACUUACUUUUAUUCACAAUCGCUGACGCUGGAGACGUCAGCGUCAAGAGGAAUGCAAAGAGUUCCAAUCGUUCCAUUCAAUGCUUUGAAGUACAAUUUGCAAGCUUCAAACCUCGCUGAACAUGGUAUACAUCCUCGCUGGCUUCACACUGUUGUCAAUGCUCCAAUGAUCUUAGGCCUGGUUCCCUAUCUUUCGCUUCUACUUCGCAUUCCAGAGUACCGGAACUCCUCCAACAAAGAGCGCAUGUUCAAGAGUGACUCCUACAGUCUAGAAAAGCUAUUAAUGCAAACAAGUGCCUUCUCCCUCAUCGUCUUGUCGAUUCAGGCACAUCAAGAGCCGCGAUUCUUGUUGCCAUUGAUUGCACCUGCAUCUAUACUUUGUGGAAUACAAUACGGAGCACAGAAACGUAGCAAAGUUGCAAAUAUUUGCUUUUGGACAAUAUUCUCGUUACAGUCUUUCGCAAUGAUUCUACUCUUCUGCGUUGCCCAUCAAGCCGGGAUUAUUCCCUCCAUUUUUGGGAUGAGAACAUUUCUUAAAACCGAAAUGAGCGAAGACGGUCAUAGAUUUCUCUUUUGGCGUACGUUCAUGCCUCCAAGGCAUCUUUUGUUGCCUUUCCUAUCGUCCUCAGCUGAUGAAUCUAACGUGAAAGAUCUGGCGAGCAUCUCAGCGCAAACUGCUUUGCAAAUCAUCAAGGACAAUAAAGAAACUUCGGCAACAUUCAACGCUCCUAUGUGGGCGAUAUGGCAAGAGAAGGAGGCCUUUUUGCAAAUCAACAUCACUCUCGAAAAUGCUUUGCAGUCUAGAUGGCCACAUUUGGAUCUAGAUCAUGUCCCUGAAAGCCUUCGAAUGUGGCGCUCUGGGUUUCCCUUGCGACUUUCGUUCUCAUACGCAUCAUGGUACUUGAACGAGCGGUAAAGAUUGCCUUUCCGUAAUCAUUGAAACACUGUAUAUUAAAAAGUCAUUAAAAUCAGAUAUAAAUACAAAGAGUGC